AUGGAGAACGAAAUCUCCCUAGCCCUCUUCGGCGUGGCCUCGGCCGGCGGCAUCUGGUUCCUCUUUAUUGUGGUUGUCCAAGCCAUCGGAACGCUCCAAUUGUACCGCCGGUACUCUGCCAGGCCUAUUCCAGCUGUCUCUCCCACCCAGAACAUCGACUAUGUCCCCCAUAUCACUAUCUUGCGACCGGUCAAGGGCCUCGAGCCGCAACUCUACGAAUGCUUGGCCGCAACGUUCCACCAGACUUACCCGCUAGAGAGGCUCACCAUCUACUUCUGCGUCGCCUCCUCUGCUGACCCGGCCUACCCUGUCCUGCAACGACUCCUGUCCGACUUCCCCGAGUUCGACGCCAGGAUCUUCGUCGAGGAGGAAGACCCCAACCUCAGUGGCAAAGGGAAACACACCAACCUGGGUCCGAAUCCGAAGAUACGGAACAUGAGCAGGGGAUAUCGAGAAGCAAAGGGGGAUUUGGUCUGGAUCGUCGACUGCAAUGUCUGGGUCGGCAGAGGCGUCGCCGGUCGCAUGGUCGACAAGCUGUGCGGCUACACACAUGAUGGAAAGCCCGCGACACCGUACAAAUUCGUACAUCAGCUCCCCCUCGUCGUCGAUAGCGUUGGAGCCAGCGCCAGCGAGGAGGCUCGCGGGCUGCUGCAAGGCCUCGGCUGCGAAAGAUCCACAACCAGCACUUCCCCUCCCGUCGACGAGUCCUCCUUCUCCCGACUGAUCCGUACCAGCGGCGGCCGCCUCGAGGAGAUGUUCAUGGCAACCUCCCACGCCAAAUUCUACACGGCCAUCAGCACCGUUUCCGUCGCCCCCUGCAUUGUCGGCAAGUCCAACAUGUUCCGGCGCUCCCACCUCAACGCGCUCACCACCAGCCCUGUGAACAAGUACUCCCCGGGUAUCGAUUUCUUCUCGGAAAACAUAUGCGAGGACCACCUGAUCGGCGAUCUGCUCUGGCGGAACCGUAUCCCAGACGUCCUCUCCAACGGCCAGAGAUUCAAGAACCACGGCCUGGUGUUUGGGGAUCUGGCGAUCCAGCCCAUGGCCAACAUGUCACUCAGCGAAUACAUCGCCCGGCGGGUCCGCUGGUUGCGGGUACGGAAGUGGACCGUAAUGCUCGCGACGUUUGUAGAGCCGGGCGUUGAACCGCUGCUGUGUUCCGCGUACGGCGCCUUCGCCAUCUCCACGCUACCGUACUUCCCCUUCCCGCACACCUGGCUCUCCUUCUCUAUCGCGUGGCUCUCCAUCAUACUCCUCUGGAUGAAAGUCGACUCCCUCGUCUACGCGAAGGUACACUCGGGGUCCGGCUUGGAACUAGAUGCCGACACGCCGUCGUUUGCGCGUCCACCUGCAUCGGGCAGUCGGAGGGGCAUGUGGGAGUGGAUCGCUGCAUGGCUUGGGCGCGAGGUGCUGGCGUUGCCGAUCUGGACAUGGGCCUGCUAUGGUGGGACGACGGUGGUAUGGCGGGGCAAGAAGUUCCGAGUAGGCUUGGACAUGAAGGUCCGGGAGAUUUCCAAGACGCAGGAGGGCAGGGGGACACCCAUGCUGGAGAGGGCGCGCUGUAGGGAUAGUAUGCAGAGUAAGAGUAGAGUCGAUUGA